AUGGUCUUCACCGCAGCUCCCGUAGCCGGAGAACGCAACGUUAGUGUACCCCAUCUCAAUCAGCUUCCUCGAGCUCGGACUGAACUCUUGGCGACAUCCCCUUCCUUCUUGAACAGUGGGUUAUCAGAGUCCCAGCUUCGUCCGCUAACAUCGGCCCAGGAUUUGAUGUUCUCGGACUGGCCCUUUCGCGACAUCUUACCCUCAACGUCAACCUCACGCCCAGCUCCGCCGAGGAGAGCCAAGUCUUGCUCUGCUACGACGGUGAAGGCGCGAACGAGGCCCCGCUCGACCCUUACAAGAACCUCAUUACUCGCGUCGCCCUCUACGUGCUUCUCUCCCACCACCUCACUUUCCCCGCCGCCAUCGUCAAGGUCGACAUCAAGAAUCAAGUCCCCUUUGGGCGAGGUCUCGGCUCCUCCGCUUCGGCCGUCGUCGCCGGAGUCUUGCUCGGGGAUGCGCUCGGCGAUCUCAAGCUGAGCCAAGAGCGAGUCAAAGACUAUGCUCUCAUGGUCGAACGUCACCCCGACAACGUAACCGCUGCACUCGUCGGUGGCUUCACCGGCUCAUUCCUGCGCACGCUCGACGCGUCCGAGCUUGCUCCUUCCUCGAUCCCCCUCGCGGAGGUCUUGCCUGCCUACCCGGCCAACGCAGGGCCGCCAGUGCCGGGGCAAGAGGAGCCGCCCCAACCCCCAGUUUGCGUCGGACGACAUGUACGAUACGGUUUCUCGAAGGACAUUGGCGUCGUCGUCGUCGUACCCAAAUUCGAGGUCGAAACCGCCAAAGCGCGAGGCGCCCUUCCGAACACAUAUCCCCGAGCCGACGUCGUGAGUAGCUCGUCCGCCCAUGCAGCGUGUUGCCGAGUAUGAGGUUACUCAUGGCUUUUUGGUUCAUUGUACAGGUCUUCAACUUGCAACGUCUGGCGGUCCUGACGGCUUCGCUGUCCCAAUCGCCGCUGGAUGCGAACGUCAUCUGGGAGGCGAUGCGUGACCGAGUCCAUCAACCGCAAAGAGAAGGCCUGGUGAGUGACCGACGCUUCCUCAUGGCCUGUGAGCUCUCGUUCUAACGCAUACGAGCCGCAAUGUUGUAGAUCCCCGGACUCUCCAAGAUCCUCAACCAUAUGACACCAGCGACGCACCCCGGCCUGCUCGGUAUUUGCCUGUCUGGUGCGGGCCCCACCAUCCUCGCCCUCGUUUCGAACGAGAAAGGAGCCGACUCCAACGCUGGUACGAUCUUGACCGACGAUUCCGAGAUCACUCUGGGCGAGUCGACAACCUCGGGGGGUGCGACACCACAGAUGACCCGGAUUGGAGAAGCGAUCAAGGCGCUUUGGAAGGAAGAAGGGAUCAAUGUCGAGUGGUUGGCAUUGACGGUGGAUGACGAAGGGGCCACGUUGAAAGAAUUAUGA